GGGGAGCCCCGGUCCAGGGCUCGCGUGUGGCUGGACAGCCUCGCGGAGGCUUAGGAUGUGAGGAGGGUGGCGGCGACUGAGGCAGAAGAUGGCCAAGGAACGGUGUCUUAAAAGGUCCUUUCAGGAUAGCCUUGAAGACAUAAAGAAACGAAUGAAAGAGAAAAGGAAUAAAAACUUGUCGGAGAUUGGCAAACGCAAGUCUUUUGUAGCAGCGCCAUGCCAGAUAACCAGCAACACUUCACUGCUGAAGAAUUACCAGGACAACAAUCGAAUGUUGGUUUUGGCCUUAGAAAAUGAAAAAUCCAAAGUGAGAGAAGCCCAGAAUAUCAUUCUGCAACUGAGAAAAGAAUGUUACUACCUUGCACUUCAGCUAUACGCAUUAAGAGAAAAAUUUGCUUCACAUCCAGAGGAAGAACUGAUUCAGAACCGGGAAGUCAGCCCCUCCGGAGUGAACUCCAGUAACGAUGGCAGCGCUGGAGAGUUGUUGGGGACGAAUUUACCACAAAUGCCUCCUCAGGAAGCUGACCUUCCAGAACAAGGAGAAUCAUUCCAAAUAAAAGAGCAGAUCCCUCCUGUUGCUCAUGAAAGGCUAAGAUUUGAUUUGGAUUCACCUGGAGCUAAGUUUCCUAAUGAUGCCUUACCUAAAACUGUAUCUCUCCGUCAAGGUUUAAAGAAGCAUUUUAACAAUAUACAUGAAUUAGAUACAUUUGGUGGCUCUGAAGCCAGUCAUUUGACAGAACUUUUUGAAUUAGAAAGAAUGACAUUUGCAGACCCAAUGUUAAACAUGCACAUACCUGAAGAUGUAAAGCAAGAUGUUUGUCCGUGGGACAAGGACCAAAUCAACUUAUCUCCAAAGCUGACUCACCCAGGAAGUCUUACUAAAACAAAUGAAGUCAUUUUAGAGGCUAAAUCUGAACAAACGAAAGCUAAGAAUAGAAAUGCACAAAGAAGAAAAAGAGAAGAGAAUAGAAAAGCUGGAAGAAAAUUUAAGGCUGUGACAAGAUGUAAAGGGAGCAAAAGUGAAAAUAAGAAAACUGCUUCCCAAAAAAAAUUGGACAAAUCUGUCUGUUCCAAUGAUGCUUAUAAUUUUAAUCUGGAAGAAGGUGUUCAUCUAACUCCUUUCCGGCAAAAUGCAACAAGCAGUGAUUCUACAGGUAAAGAAAGCAACAGUGAGUCUGACGGGAUCGACAGUGAAUCCAGUGACUCAGGAGAGGAUUCGGAUGACUUCUAUUUGCCUUCCAAAAACGUUUGCAAGGACAUUCAAAAUCUCAACACCAGACCAGGUAGGAGCCCAAGCACCAGGCCUCGAUCUAAAAGAACAUUAAAAGAUACGGAUGAAAAAGAGAUGGAGGAUUCCAAGCCAAUCCACACUCCUACCAGUGCUCCACCUGAAAAUCAGCCAUCACCUCAUCUUGGUCUGAAGGAUAUUACCAAUGUGUCCUUGAGUCCUGUAAUUAGAAUCAGAAAACUUUCUCUGUCUCCAAAAAAGAAUCCGGGAAGCCCAGCAGCACUGUCUGUGCCUAAACGCCGGUGCACUGUCAGCGUGAACUACAAGGAGCCCACACUCUCUUCAAAACUAAGAAGGGGGGACCGUUUUACAGAUUUGUGUUUCUUGAAUUCUCCCGUUUUCAAGCAAAAAAAGGACUCUCGACGCAGUAGUAAGAGGAAAAAGUAAUCAGCAACUGUACUGGAACGUUGGCUCGGUGCCGUGAAAGUUAUCCUAUACCUCCCUCUGGUGCUUGUGAGAGGCUGUGUUGGGGGUUGGGGGUCAAAGUAUUGCCGUAGACUGGCCCCCUGAUCAUGAACUUCUUUUCAAAACUGUACUUAGAAUGUAAUAAAUGUAGUUAGUUUUUUCUUUGUGCUUUUAAAGAUACGUAAAUGGGUUUAACGACUGUAAUAGUGUAGAUUUCUUAUACUACCUAAAAUCUUUCAUUUUAACCCCAAUGUGUAUUACUGAAAAUAAUGAUGAUUAAAUUAAGACGUUUUCAUUGUAAGUCUUUGGCAUCCUUCGUCUCUCCCUUCAAUGAGGGAUCCUAGAGUGAAUGAAUGGUGAAGACGAGUUGCCGAUCUUUGAAAUCCUUUAUACUUCGGUAAACUAAAGCUUUACGGUGACAGGAGGGUUCACCUACGUCGUUCAUGGAUCCCUUGUUGCACUGUAUUUACUCUGUCCGCCGGAAUGUCCGCGCUCACGAUUAGCGAGCUUGUGGUUAGUGACGGGCUCAGGCACCACUCGGUACACUAACUCAAAAGCCCCAGCAUUCAAAGUGCUGCCUCAACAAAAUCACGUGCACGGGCUUUCAGAGCAGCUCCUCCUUUAGUCAGAAACGUCAAAUUCAUUAAAGGAUAUUUAAUGAAUAUUGUGAAAAUAUCAAGGGCUUUUCGUAUUUGCACUUUUUAAAGUUUAUGAUGAACGAGUGAGAGGCAAUUAGUUAAUUUGUUUCUUUAAACUUUUAAAGCAUGAUAGUUCCUCCAUUUUGAAUGACCAAUAAAGUUUCCUGUUCCAUUAGGUUUGUGUUUUCCUUUGGUUCUUCACAUACCAAAGAUAGACUGGAUGUCUUACCUUCUAAUUGCCACUGUCCUCUUCCUCCUUAGUCGUGUCUGCUGUGUUUCCCUGGGGCUCUCUGUGGUCAUGGCCAUGAAAUGCUUAGCUUCCCGUCCACUCUCCCAACCGAACACUUCUUUCUUUCAAACUGUGAACAACAGAGUCUCAUUUUAUUUUUAGCAGUUUUAUUGACAUAAAAUUCAUGUAUUGUACAAGUCUGUACAUGAGAGAACUGUGUAUUCAUUGCCACAGUCAAUUUUAGAUUGUUUCUUCAUUGUCAAAUUCUAAUUUUUGCUGCCAAUUUUUUUACUAUGUCUUUAUCCUCCUGCAUUCCCCAUCUUACUCAUAUCUAUCCAAAAUCUUUCAUCAGUUAAAAUUGUUCAGUUUCCUAAAUCAUUGAUUCGUACAUCUUAUUAUCCAAGCACAGGCUCUUGUUGAACGACUACAUUAUUUAUUUAUUUUGGAUCACGUAAACUCUAGAGUGGCUAUCUUAAAUUACAUAAAAUUUUAAACCCAAUUCCUCAGUCACAGUAACCACAUUUCAAGUGCUCAGUAACCAAUCACAUGUGGCUAAACCCACUGCCAUCACGUCAAUUCUGCCUCCUGGUCACCCUGUAGGACAGAGUAGAACUUCACUCCCAAGCUUUGUGAAACUAAACACGGCAGCAGAGAGCUCCUCUUCCCACAGCCACUGGUGGCUUUGAGCUGCCGCUGGCCACGCUUGUGCCACCAGGGCACCAAGAACCUACAUGGUAGCCACAAGUUUGCAUUUUGGUUUAUGAAACAAAAUAAUUACUUUCUGGCCCUCCACAGAAAAAGUGUACCAUUUGUUGUUCUAGACCACUGACUGCUUUUGCUUUGUAGAUUAUUCUUUCUUGAUACUUUCUUGGCAACUUUGAGCCUCAUCUUUUUGUUCUCAAAGUCAACCAUUAUCCUAAAAUUAGUGUUAAUGUUUCUGUAUAUUGUUUUUGUAUCUGUCAUGUCCACAAAAUGUUAAGUAUUACUUUAUAUUUUAACAUUUUAUAUCAUGUCACAUUGUACAUACCUUGUAGUGGCAGACUUUUAACA